ACGUGAUUAUUUGCCCAGAGCAUAUACUAUAUAAGUAAAGGUCAACGAAUCAAUGACGCAUAGCCCUUUUCAAAAUGAAGGGCUGCAUAGUGUUUAUUUAUUGCUGUUGGUUGGGAGUGAGUUUUGUGAAGUGUAGUGAUGAUUUGGAGCUUUAUGAAUAUGUUAACAGGACGGAACCGGCGCGUCGACAGCUGGCCGAAUUCAAAUUGAGACAUCCGAAACCAAUAGGAAUACUUACUACAAGUGCAGGGAAGAUUGUAGAAAUUAGAGAAACUACUACUAUGAAUUCCGACGCAUUUUCGAAUCCAUAUUUUAUAGAUGAGCUUACUCAUAGCAAUGACGAAAGAAUUCCUGAAAGAGUUGUGCAUGCGAAAGGAACUGGUGCCCAUGGCUAUUUUGAAGUGACACACGACGUAUCAAAGUAUACCAAAGCCGAUGUGUUUAAUGGCAUUGGGAAGAAAACGCCGGUAUUUGGACGCUUUUCUGUUGCAGCUCAAAAUCGUGGUGGAAGUGACCUUGUCAGAGAGCAGAAAGGAUUGGCUGUAAAGUUUUAUACGAGGGAAGGAAAUCUCGAUUUAUUGUGUAUUAAUUUGCCGGUAUUUUUCUAUAGAGAUCCCAUUGAUUUCGGUCACUUCAUUCGCUCUGCAAAAAGAAAUCCAAGAACUGAUUUAUUUGAUCCUACAACGCGUUGGGACAUUGUUACUAAAAAGCCAGAUAAUUUGCAUGGGCAGUUAUGGGUACAAUCUGAUUUCGGCCUUCCAAAUGGUUAUCGAAAAAUGAACCAGUUUCCUAUUCAUACUUACGAAAUAAAUAAUAAACGUGGUGACACAUAUUAUGUCAGAUUUAAUUUUAUUACUAAUCAAGGUAUAGAAUUCCUUUCAGACGAAGUGGCUCGAGAAAUCCAAGGUCGAGAUCCUGAUUAUUUUAACAGAGAUUUAUAUAAUGCUAUUGAAAAUAAAAACUAUCCUAGUUGGAAUUUGGAAAUGGAUCUUAUGACAUUGGAAGACAUAAAGAAACUAGAUUAUGAUCCUUUUGACAUCACAAGACUGUGGAAAAAAGGCACGUAUAUUACUGUACAAAUAGGACGCCUUGUAUUUAACCGCAAUCCGGAUAACCAAUUUAGGGAGGUAGAGCUGAGUGCGUUUAAUCCCGGAAAUCUAGUUCCCGGUAUUCCUGGACCAUUCGAUAUUGUUUUUAGAGGAAGAAGAUCAUCCUACCGUGAUACUCAAACUCAUCGUUUGGGCAUCAAUCAUAACAGAAUUGAGAUUAAUAAACCACUGUAUUGGAAAGUUUACAAUCGCGAUGGUAAACCUCCAGUAAGGGAAAAUAUGAAGGAUGCACCAAACUAUUAUCCUAAUUCAUUUAAUGGACCCGUUCCGUAUGUAGACCCAAGUCGACCCAAGAGUAGACUUGUUAUUUACGAGUCCAACGCUGUUGACUUGGAACCGGCGGCGGAAUUCUAUAACGAUUUCUUACAAUGCGAUGAGCAAAGACAAAGGCUUGUGAAUACCACGGUGAUGUCAUUGUUGCCCGUGCCGCCAGAGUUACAGAGAAGGGUAAUUCGUCUAUACACUCUGACUGAUGAAGACUUGGGUACAAGAGUAGCUGAAGGAUUAAAACGAGCAUUACGUAUGCCGCCACCGCCACCACCACCCGUGUUAAGGUUAAUUCCACAUGAUAAAAAUGAUAAAAAUAGUCGUCGUCUUCGCUUCUUUUCAGUUUAAACAA